GAAAAAAAAAAAAAAAGAAAGAGAAAAAAGAUAGGAAAGAGAGAGAGAAUGGAAACCAAAACCCAAAUUCUCAUAUUUCCACUUCUACUUACCUUCGUUCUCUUCAUAUCAAACACCAAAAACACCGCAGCAUCCACCACCGCCACCGCCACCACAACCACCACGACAGCCGCCACCAAAACCUCUAACAAAACCUAUAGAAACUACCUAAAAACAGCCUGCAAAUCCACCACAUAUCCAAAACUGUGCUAUAGCUCUCUUUCUUCCUAUUCAUCCAUAAUAAAAACCGAUGACCUAAUCCUUUGUACCACAGCAUUAAAUGUAUCCCUACAAAUUUCCAUUAACACAUCAUAUUUUAUGACAGAUUUAUCAAACCAACAAGAACUGAGCGAAACUGAAGCUGAAGUAGUUCAAGAUUGCAUUGAUGAAAUUGGAGACAGUAUUUAUGAGCUAAACCAAUCAUUGAGCGAUUUGAGCAGUUUAGACUUUAAUAGUUCUGAUGUGAGAUUCCAAAUUUCUAAUAUAAAAACUUGGGUUAGUGCUGCCAUUACAGAUGAUUAUGGUUGCACUGAUGGGUUUGAUGGUACUAAAGUAAGCUCUGCAGUUAAGAGUAAGAUAAAGAAAGCUAUAUUGAAUGUUUCAAGAAUCACUAGCAACGCUUUGGCUCUUGUAAAUCAAAAGCUCAGUUUUCCAUAAUUUCUUUUUCUUCUUCUUAAGUUAAAGCUCCAAUUGAAGCUUUAAACUUCCAUAUGCUCCUCCUGGACAUCCUGGUCCAGGAGACGACUAUAACAUCAUUGUGUCGAAACCCAUUUUGUAUAUAUUUUUCUUUUUUUAAUUUCUUAUGGUUUGAGGUAUUUCAUGUUUGUGGCAUUUUAUUGAAUAAAAUUAUGUACUUGUAAUUAGACAAACAGCACGAUAAUCUGAGUGUCUGCAUUGUAAUUUUAUAUAAUAUAUCAUUUUCGCG